AUGGAUUCAGAUGUCAAUCUGAUUCUUUCGACAUAUUUGAUGGCUGGGUUUUUUUGUGUGGCCUGCCAGAAGAAAUCGUUCCAGAGACUCGCGACCAUUUCUAGGCUCCAGAAGUGCCGCCUUUUGGCAAAGGAAGAAGCAGUGAGAACAAAGCUAGAUUUGCUAAGCAUGGUUGCACAGUCUUUGUCCUCGCAUUCGUCAUUAUCCCCACAUGAGUGCGCCGCUCUAUUGCACUGGGCAUGUGGAGGUGGUGUCCGCCUCAUUUCAGAUGCUGGACAUAACGAAAGCAACUCGUCUGUUUCUGUCGCAAAAUUCGCUCAUGGCCAGUCGAACCCGACAUACAAUGUCGCCGUCACUUUCGAUACAGUUUCUAAAAUCUGUACCCGCUUUGUCGUGAGAGCUCAACCUCGGGGAAACCUGUUACCCGGGGCUCACCGCAUCGACCGUGAAUUUCGUGUUUUGUCCUCUUUGCAAGGUACCCCCGUUCCAGUGCCCAAGGUUUAUCAAUACUGCGAAGACCCAAAAGUUAUAGGAAGCCGUUUUUACGCAAUGGAAUAUGUAGAGGGCCGAGUCUUCAAAGACGUUUCGCUUCCAGAAAUCACAGACACUACAGAACGUUAUCAGGUGUUUCAGGAAGCCCUUCGCGUCCUCAUAAAGAUAGGCCAGUUGGAUACAUUCAAAUUGGGACUGAGCAGCUUGAGCAAAUCAGGAGAGCCGUGGGUUGACAGACAAAUAUCAACAUGGUAUCGACAAUUCCGAGCAAGCAGACUUCCGGGUGUUGACUAUACACGCAUGGAGGGUUUGCACAAGCAACUACGCACCUUACGACAGAAUUUCUCUAAUCCUAAAGAGUCUGCUGAAGAGCGCCGCCUAGUUCAUGGUGACUUUCGGAUAGACAACCUCAUUUUCCAUUCGACAGAGCCGAAGUGUGUAGCUGUUCUUGACUGGGAGCUUGUGUCUCUUGGAAAUCCUAUGGCUGACCUUGCAAGCUUUCUCAGUCCGUUCCACAUGCCGCCAGAUACAUCGAAGUUUCAAUUAAUGAGAAGCGUGUCGUUUGCAAACCCUAUGCCCAAAGGCGUUCCAACGGAAGAGUCUCUGCUGCAUGUUUACAUUUCAGAGACGAGCAUCGAUAAGGGCUCGUUUGCAGAUAGCUUUCAAACAUACAUUGCUGUCGCAUUCUUCCGGUUCGCGGCUAUUCUUUACGGGGUGCACUCUCGUUCAAGGCAGGGCAAUGCAUCUUCUGCCCUCAGUGCAGAGGCAGGAAGUCUGGCUAUUUUGCCUGCUGAGGAACGAUAUUAUGAACAUAUUCAAUCCGAGGCAAGGUGGAGUGCGUGGCCUGAGAUGGAGGAGUUGAAAAGAACUGCAAAGGAGAGCGGGCUUUGGAACCUGUUCCUUCCAAAAGAAUUGGGUGGUACAUUAAAAAGUGAAGAAUACGCCGCACUAGCGGAAGUGAUGGGUCGAUAUGAGUUUGGAGCAGAAGUAUUUAACUGCUCAGCCCCCGAUACAGGAAACAUGGAAUUGCUUGCACGCUACGGUACUCCUGCCCAAAGGGAAAGAUGGUUAGAGCCAUUAUUGGAUGGAAAAAUGCGCUCUUGCUUUGCCAUGACCGAACCAGAAGUUGCUUCAUCCGAUGCCACCAAUCUGAGCACGAAAAUCCAGCGAAUAGGUGAUAAAUAUGUUAUCAAUGGCCGGAAGUGGUGGACUAGCGGUGCAAUGGAUCCGAGGUGCGAUCUAAUUUUAUUAAUUGGUCGCGGACCGGGAAACGAGAAGCCAGCGUUGCAACCAAGUAAGCACAGACAGCAUACAAUAGUUCUCAUUCCAAUGCACACGCCCGGUGUACGGAUUUUGCGACACUUGACAGUUUUCGGAUACGAUGACGCACCACAUGGACAUGCAGAGAUAGAAUUUCAAAACGUGACCGUCGACGCCUGCGACGCCCUUCUACACGUCGAGGGUGGUGGUUUUGAAGCUGCGCAAAGCCGACUCGGGGGUGGUCGUUUGCAUCAUUGCAUGCGCGCAAUUGGGAGUGCAGAGCGUGCUCUGGAGCUCAUGGUGCGACGAGCGGAAUCUCGAACUGCGUUCGGGCGACCGCUAUCCCAGAAAGAUGGAAUGCUUCGGGAAAUUGGGCAAAGUCGGUGCGACAUCGAGGCAGCUCGCCUUCUGACGUUAGCAGGGUCAAAGGCUGUUGACAUUGGGGAUGUGACUGUAGCGCGACGAGCAGUGGGAAUUGCAAAAAUUGAGGUACCGCGACUCGUGUCCAACGUGCUUGAUCGAGCGGUGCAAGCGCAUGGUGGGAUGGGAGUGUGCCAAGACACCGUGCUGGCUCGGCUGUAUGCACACAUGCGCACGCUUAGGAUUGCAGACGGUCCUGACGAGGUGCACAUGCUGAGUUUAGCGAAAUCCGAAGUGCGGCGAAUAGCGAAGUUGUAAACCAGAAGCAGUGGCAUGUUAAAAACCCAAGCGCUUUAGCCACUCAUCAAUUCGGCCGCGGUAAUUGCCCUUCACUUCUACACGACCAGGGCGAAUGGUUACGACUCUGCCGUCGCACACCUUCGACAUCUCCCGAGCCAAUUCCUCUGCAUCACCACGAUAGCGCCGCACAAUGGUCAUGCAGCGAGUACGCCCAUUGCGAUAGUCAGUAUAUACAGGCAGAGCCUUCCCCUUGACAGUACGGAAAACACGAAAUGGAAGGUGUUCGUAUCCGCCCAUCGGUGGAGACCAUUGUGACGGUCGGAUGAUGGCAGGAUCGAUCUCACGUAUAGAGUACUUGAGAUCGGAUGGAGGCUCCCAUUUGGGGCGCGGAGUAAACUUUGCCGCGGAAGAGAACAUCCGAACGGCA